AUGUCUGUUCAGCAGAUGGUGUCUGGUAUGGGAGAGAAUGCCAGGAACGCCAGAGUCACAACCAGCACUGGGAGCAAUGGGUCUGUGAAUGUGCACAUUGAUAUGGACCAGCCUGUGCAGAGUGAGCCUCGGCUGAGGCUGGUGCUGGCCGAGAACCUGCUGAGGGACAUCAAUGAUGUAAUCCAAAGGAUGGAGCGUCGCCCGAGCGACUCAUCCACUCAAACAGAGACGGCUUCUGCUGCUGCUGCUGCACCUCCUCCUCCAUCAUCCUCAUCCACCACCUCUACUCCCUCCCCAUCUGCCCAGCCCAUGGACACCUCCCCACCUCCAACAACUCCCCCACCUCCACCCACCACUUCAGCACCAUCUGAGGGACCAGCCCCCCACCCACAUCACCCCAGCCCAGCUGAGUUGGCGGCGAUGUUGUCUGAGCUGCGUAGGGUGGAGGAGAGACUGCAGCCUUUCAUUCAGAGAGCUCACACCAUCCUGGAGACGGCCACCAACGCAGAAUACAAUAACAAUACA